GGCGGGGCGUGGAACCGCUUCCGGUUGGGCGGUGCUUGUGCGCGUGAGUUGCGCCUGUGGGUGAACUGUGCCCACGGUAUUUUGGGCUCUAGGCGGUACGUGGAAAGAUCUGAUUAUCAUGGACCUGCGACAGUUUCUUAUGUGCCUGUCCCUGUGCACAGCCUUUGCCUUGAGCAAGCCCACAGAAAAGAAGGACCGUGUACACCAUGAGCCUCAGCUCAGCGACAAGGUUCACGAUGAUGCUCAGAAUUUUGAUUAUGACCAUGAUGCCUUCUUGGGUGCUGAAGAAGCAAAGACCUUUGAUCAACUGACACCAGAAGAAAGCAAGGAAAGGCUUGGAAAGAUUGUAAGUAAAAUAGAUGGCGACAAGGACGGGUUUGUCACUGUGGAUGAGCUCAAAGACUGGAUUAAAUUUGCACAAAAGCGCUGGAUUUACGAGGAUGUAGAGCGGCAGUGGAAGGGGCAUGACCUCAAUGAGGACGGCCUCGUUUCCUGGGAAGAGUAUAAAAAUGCCACCUACGGCUACGUUUUAGAUGAUCCAGACCCUGAUGAUGGAUUUAACUAUAAACAAAUGAUGGUUAGAGAUGAGCGAAGGUUUAAAAUGGCAGACAAGGAUGGAGACCUCAUUGCCACAAAGGAGGAAUUCACAGCUUUCCUGCACCCUGAGGAGUAUGACUACAUGAAAGAUAUAGUAGUACAGGAAACAAUGGAGGAUAUAGAUAAGAAUGCUGAUGGUUUCAUUGAUUUAGAAGAGUAUAUUGGUGACAUGUACAGCCAUGAUGGAAAUGCUGAUGAGCCAGAAUGGGUAAAGACAGAGAGAGAACAGUUUGUUGAGUUCCGAGAUAAGAACCAUGAUGGGAAGAUGGACAAGGAAGAGACCAAAGACUGGAUCCUCCCCUCAGACUAUGAUCAUGCAGAGGCAGAAGCCAGGCACCUAGUGUAUGAAUCAGACCAAAACAAGGAUGGCAAGCUUACCAAGGAGGAGAUCGUUGACAAGUAUGAUUUAUUUGUGGGCAGCCAGGCCACAGAUUUUGGUGAGGCCUUAGUACGACAUGAUGAGUUCUGAGGAGGAACCCAUGUUUCUUCAAAAAGUAAUUUAUUUUUACAGCUUCUUGUUUCACGUGAAAUUGUUUGCGCUACUGAGACUGUUGUUACAAACUUUUUAAGACAUGAAAAGGUGUAAUGAAAACCAUCCUGUUCCUAUUCCUCCUCCUCUCUGGGAGGGAUGGAGGGAAACUGUGCUUCUGAGGAACAACUCUAAUUAGUACACUUGUGUUUGUAGAUUUAUACUUUGUAUUAUGUAUCACAUGGUGUGUUUAUUUUUGUAUUUGUUCUCUGGUUGGGAGCGAGAUAUGAAGGAUCAAGAUCCUCAGCUCACACCUGUAGGCAACCUUUAGUCCUUCACUCUUUCUCAACCCUUACCAUACAAUUUUUAUAAUUCCAACUUAACUCAUUUUUUAAGCCUGAGAUCAAUAAGUGUUCAGGAGAGAGAGAAGGGAAGAAAUAUCCCCACAAUUUAUAUUUAGAGAGAAAACACAAGCUUGCUUAUUGGAAAGUAUAUUUCAUAAGUAGUAGGGGGCCACAGAUUCCAUUCAGCUGCUGCUGCCCAUCAACUGAUCCUGCCACUGUCUGGGCAAGGACAGAUCCCUGUGCUGUAAGAAAGCCUGGCUCAACUUGAUUUCAUUCAUUCAUUUUGUUUUCCUUCCCUGAAGUACUAGCUGUUUGCUCCUUUUGUCAAGCACAGCUUUUGGGGGAAGAGUUAGGGCCAGUGUCUUGAAAAUCAAUCAAGUAGUGAGUGUGAUCUCUUUACAGAGCUAUACAUAGAGAAAGCUGGAAAACUAAAGGAAAAAUAAGUGUUUCCAGGGCACAGACUUUUCUGGGUGUGCAUCUGUUGAAGCACUCAAGACUGUCUUGCCUAUUGAAUCACUGCAAGUGCCCCAUUCGGCUUGUGUUUCCUCAGGUGGUCUGAGGAAUUAAUCUUGCUUUCACUGCAGUUAAAAUGAACUCCUUUCUGAUCAUGUCAUUGAAAGUGCCUUUAAUGAGAGAAAGAUCAUUGAGUGAGGGUACUUUUAAGAAACCCUAAGACGAAAUAAGAUUAUUUGGACCAUCUUAUAUGAAAGCUUAGACCUUCCCAAUUUAGUGGGGAUUUUUUUCUUCUUCCUAUUCUCUUUCAGACAGUGGUUAAAUAGCAGUAUUAGUUAGGAGCUUGGUUGCAGUGUUCUUAUCUUGUGGGCUGGUUUCUAAAAACCACAUGCUGCUGACUUUACCAGGGAUCCUCAUACCUCAGAUUGCUAACCACUUACUACCAAGACUGUUUCUGUGUCAGCUGGGAGCUUGAGCUCAGACUCAGAAAUGAGAGGCCUACAAAGGGGCUUUUUGGUUUGAGGACCAUCACUCACCCUUCUUGCCUUUGUCCCAUCACUCCCUAUGUCCCCCUCUCCCCCUCUCCCCACUGCCAAAGACAACGUUCUUCAUGGAUCAACAGAUUGCCAAUACUUAUCAAAGAGAGGGACAUUGUAGAAAGAACUGAGGAAACCACCUUCUGUUCCCAACUCACUUUACCCAUAUUUUAUGUAACACAAACUGUCUUUUUUGGUCCCUUUCUUACAGCUGGACCUCUUUUGAGAAGAAUUACUGUAUUCCAAGUUCUUAGCCCUCAGGUUACUAAGUUACAUACAUUUAUAUCUAACCUUUAUUAUUUCAUGUAUCUUUCUGGAUAAUACAUUCAGGUUGUGCUGGGUGAUUUUUAUAAUCUGAACCUAGGUGUAUCCUUUGGUCUUCCACAAUCGUGUUGAGGUGGGCUACUUGACCUGGUAAAAAGCCAGACACCAUGUAACUUCAUCCCAGCCUUUGCAUUGAGCUCUUGAAGUUGAACCCUAGUAUAGGGGAAUGGAGAUUAUCUGCCAUCCAGAUUCCCUAUUUUAUUAAGAAGAACAGAGAUUAUUAAUGCCACCAACUCUGGCUUAGAGAGGGCACAUGAGCAGCUUACUAAGUGCAGAGAACCCAGCCUUUAUGGUAAAGUUAUGCACUUAGAAAGCAAACCUUCACGUGCUAAGUGAGCAGCUUGUGGUUGCUGGGUGCUUGGCAGCAAGCAUUGUACUCUACUCUCUAAUGACACCCCGGGUUAUCUUUUGGUUUAAUGAGGCCCGAGGCUGGUGAACAGUAGCUCCCCACCCACGUUGUGUGUUCUGUGAAUGCUAGCUCUCUUGAAUUUGGAUACUGGUUAUUUUUUAUAGAGUGUAAACCAAGUUUUAUAUUCUAUAAUGCAAACAGGUACCUAUCUGUUUCUAAAUAAAACUGUUUACAUUCGUU